GUUAGACUUGUGGUGAGAGGUUUAUUAGAAGAAACGCCCAUACGGGAAAAAAACGCAACUGAAGACGAGGGAACAGCAACAAGUGGACCAGUCCGAAGAUUGAGAGCAUCGACUGGAGAGAACCCUUCUGACUCCGAGAUACCAUUGAUUCAGCCAGGAGAAAGUUUGAGCAACAGAAACUGAUCAUACCUGUCCUCAAAAUGGGCCAAGGUAGAAGCAGGGGAAAAGCUCCAGUGACGUCAGCAUCAGGAAAGGGCACAGACCUCAGAGUAAUCACCGAGCUCCUGGCAAUCUGUGACGAUUUCCAGCUGCUGCAGCUGACGGUCUUCUACCGGGACAGGCUGGAGCAGGCGAUGGAAGGAGGGGUGCACGGAAUGAGCCUGGCGUUAACGGCCAAGAAUCAGUUCAGUGGAGAGGAACAUCGGAAAAUCUCUGAUCUCGCUGAUAAGGGAGAGCGGGCGGACAGUUCUAAACUCCUCCUGAGCCUGGUGAUGGAGAAAGGCUCCCGCGCCCGGAGGGUGAUGUGGGAAACCUUUGUGAAAAUGCGGAUUGGUGUCCCAAAGCUGGACAGAAUACUGAAGGAAAUACAGAUGUAUGGUCCGGGCUCAGUGAUCACCGAGCUCCUGGCAAGCUGGGACGAUUUCCAGCUGCUGCAGCUAACGGACUUCUACCAGGACAGGCUGGAGCAGGCGAUGGAAGGAGGGGUGCACGGAGUGAGCCUGGCUUUAACGGCCGAGAAUCAAUUCAGCGGAGAGGAACAUCGGAAAAUCUCUGAUCUCGCUGAUAAGGGAGAGCGGGCGGACAGUUCUAAACUCCUCCUGAGCCUGGUGAUGGAGAAAGGCUCCCGCGCCCGGAGGGUGAUGUGGGAAACCUUUGUGAAAAUGCGGAUUGGUGUCCCAAAGCUGGACAGAAUACUGAAGGAAAUACAGAUAUAUGGUUGUGAUCCUUCCCAUCGACCAAUUCCUGCUCAACCUUUACUAAAGAUUCUCAGUGAGCUGAAAGAUGCUCAACAGAAACACAAGGAGACUCUGCGGGCAGAAACGGAAAAACUCAGAGUGAACACAAUCCUGAUGAAGGAGAAGGUGAAGGUUUUCCAGUUGCUUGAUCGAUACGCUGAGCUCACGGUCAUUUCUACAGUUCGAGAUCGGAGACUGGUGGAACAUGAGCUGCUGGCAAGAGGCAGAGACCAUGAGGAGUGGAGAGAGAAACAUCUCCGUGGACACCUGGAAAAAUUCCGGACGGAACAGCUGUUCCAGAGCAGCUUUUCCCAGAGUUUAUCCAAAUCUGGGAGUUCGGCAGCAGUGGCCGGAGUCCCGGGGAUCGGGAAAACAACAAUGGUACAAAAGAUUGUUUAUGACUGGGCCACGGGGAAAAUAUACCAACAAUUCCAGUUUGUCUUCAGUUUCAAAUUCCGCGAUUUGAACACCAUUAACUGCAGAAUAAACCUGAUGGAACUGAUUCUGGAUCAGUAUCCUUACUUUGGGAAUUUCCUGAGAGAGGUCUGGAAGAACCCAGACGGAUUGCUGUUUAUAUUUGAUGGUUUGGAUGAAUUCAAUGACAAAAUUGAUUUUGCUGACAGUCGGAGAGACACAGAACCUCAGUCCACAUGCACAGAUCCUGAAUUCAAGUGCAAGGUGUCUGAUAUUGUAUACAGUUUAAUCCAGCGCAAGCUACUCCCAGGGUGUUCAGUGCUUGUGACCACCCGUCCCACUGCGUUACAUUUAUUGGAAAAGGCAGAGAUCAGUAUCUGGGCUGAAAUCCUGGGAUUUGUUGGUGAGGAACGGAAGGAAUAUUUCAUCAGGUAUUUUGAAGAUCAGACGGUGGCGGCAGCUGUUUUCAAACACGUGAAGGAGAACGAGAUCCUAUACACCAUGAGCUACAACCCGUCCUACUGCUGGAUCCUCGCUCUGGCACUGGGCCCCUUCUUCACACAAAGAGUCAGGGACCCACAGCGAGUUCCCAAGACCAUCACCCAACUAUACUCCUACUAUAUUUACAACAUCCUGAAAAACCACGGCCGUGAGAUUGAGAACCCCCGUGAUGUGUUACUCAGGGUUGGUCAGAUGGCCUUCAGAGGCGUGUUCGAUAGGAAGAUUGUGUUUACAGGUGGAGAUUUGAUAAACUACAAUCUGCAGCCUUCCCAGUUUCUGUCCGGGUUCCUGAUGGAACUUUUGGAGAGAGAGGAUUCUGCCCGGAGCGUGGUGUACACAUUCCCACACCUCACCAUUCAAGAGUUUGUAGCUGCAGUUGCACAAUUCCUGAAUCCAAAUCCCGGGGAUAUCCUGAAAUUCCUCACUGGAGCCCACAGCACGACAGAUGGGCGAUUUGAGGUAUUUCUCCGUUUUGUUGCUGGUCUCUCCUCCCCAAUGACAGCUCGGGGCCUGGAGGAGUUUCUGGGUCCAUUUCCCAAUGAAACAACCUGCCGGGUGAUUGACUGGGUGAAGGAGGAGGUUAAACGUCAGAUUGGAAACACAGAGAGUGAAGCUGGUAAAAGGAGCCUCCUGAACACAUUGCACUACCUGUUUGAAUCCCAGAAUCGUGGUCUGGCUCAGGCCGCACUGGGAUCAGUGGAAACACUUUCAUUCCGUAGAAUGACACUGACCCCGAUUGACUGCGCGGUCCUGUCUCAUGUAACAGGACUCUGUGAUACAAUAAAACACCUCGACCUGGACAGAUGCAACAUUCAGUGUGAAGGAAUCCAGCGGCUGGGACCCGGGCUGCACAAGUGCCAGGAGUUGAGACUUGGGCAGAAUGAACUGGGAGAUUCAGGAGUGAAACUGGUGUCUGCGGCUCUGAGGAAUACGGAGUGUAAAAUACAGAAACUGUGGCUGAGGGAUGUCGGUCUCACAGAUUCUGGUGCCGGGGAUCUCGUCUCCGCUCUCACUGCAAACCCAUCACUGACGGUGCUGGACCUGGGAUUAAACACUCUGACAGACCGAUCUGUCCCCGCUCUCCGCCGCCUCGUACUGAACCUCCGGAGUCUGGAGUGGAUCUCGCUGUACGGGAAUCGGUUCAGUCAGACAGGGGGAAAGGAACUGAGAUCUUUGCAGGAAACCAGACCCGGACUUAUGGUGACCGUGUGAACAUCUGAAUGUGUGAACAUCCCCGCCCGCGGGAUCGGGACAUUUUGGCCGAUUCCCCGCCCUCCACUUUCACUCCCGCCUUUACAUUUAAUGGCCGUGCGCCGGGGGUGAUUCCCAAUGGAAGCGGCUCAGGUCUCGCGGUGUGUCGCUCGGAGUGUUCCUGCAGUGACGUAUUUCCGCCUGUUGUCCGGCGGGGCAGCUUCUGCCGUAUGUGCGUGUUGGAGAAUCCCACGUGACACGCCGGAGAAUUACACAGACAGGAAGAGCCCGGGGUCCGGGGCUCAGUCUGGGACACCGGUGUCCCGGGGGCGGGGAUUAUCCCGGGAGACAAUCCACUUGCUCCCUUUGCUGAGGACGGUGCAUUCGGCAGACUGGCCGAUAUAAUGAUGUUACAUUGACAAAUCCCUCGGCAGUGACCCUGAAUCUGCAGCAAUCUCGGACACGGUCCUGAAGUGUGAUUUCAUAAUCAUCGGUUCCCCGAUGCAGAGUGACGGUGAGAAACGGGACUGAUUAUUCAAACUGUCACUCGUUGUCGCCGGUCAGUUAAUUGUGUGUUACUGUGAGUGUGUCAGGAGCAGCUUAUUUAUUCCCGCACGUAAGCAGUUCACACAUUGUUUAAUUUACAUUUGUAAAUUUACUCACACCCGGGACGAGACACAGAGUGAAUUGUCCCCCACACCGUCCCAUCACACACACUCGGGACCAAACACAAUGUGAAUCUCCCUCCACGCCGUCCCAUCACACACUUGCAUUGCCAAACACACAGUGAAGCUCCGUCUGCACCAUUCCAUCACUCAAUUAAUCCCAACCUGCAAAAUCUCAUUUCAGGGAAGCAGGCACCAUCAAUCUGUGGGAGACUCCCGGAACUCCCGGGAGAGGUGGGAUGUCUGCAAGAGAGUAGCUCCUUAGCGGCCCGCCAGCUAGUUUAAAUAGCGUUAGCUAUGCUGAUGAACGAACGACACCCGUUAAACUCACCUCAACAGUGAUUUAACCCCCGAUGGGCAAUAGAAAAGUCACUGUUGCACUUGAAUUGGCCUCUGGGGUGAGGUGGGACGGCUUUGGUAGAAGUGAGCAGAAGAGAGGAAGGGAGGCGCUGAUUUAUAAUUGUGUAAUGCGACUGCCGGGGUUGAAGUGAAACAUUGAUACACCAUCAAUAACUCUCGGACACCGGAAGUGAACGAUAGGCUUCUAUUAGCAGCAAAAAGGGAGCACGACAUCCCGGAGACUGAGGGAGGAGCAGUGCCUCCAAUCGCCUUUAUACAGGGGUCUGUGGGUGGAGCCACAGGAGCAGUCAGCAGACGGGCGUGUCCAGACAGGUAUACAUCGUUUACCGCAGACACUGACUUCCAAUGGCCACUGUCGCGCUCAGAAUCUAUGGCGAAGGAACAUGCGGUGCCCAUGGAUACAAUCCCGGGAUCGAGUGUGUUAUUGAUUGUAAUAACUGUAUUUUAAUUAAGUGUUUUAUUCCGUCUUGCGUAGUUUAUAUAUGCUUUAAUUCUAAUUAUGU